AUGGCAGAGUUUGAAUCAAAGCUUCCUCUUGAGAAAAACCAUGUCUUUGAGGCAUGUCACCAUGUUGUUAAGGCACUGAGGGCAUCUGAUAACAACCUCGAUGCCAACUUGAGAAAGCUCCUAAGUGACCUAGAGUCGCAUCUGUCAACAUUUGUUAUGGUUGAUGAUACCGAAGUUGAAGAAGACGCAGGGUUCUCUGAGAUCAAGGAGAGAUUCAAAGAAGCUGAGAAGAGAAUCCUUGCUUGGGAACAAAACCAAUCAACAAUAUUGGAAGCUGGUCUCUCUGAAGCUGAUCACUUCUUUCAAGCCCUGUAUGAAGUUCACACAGUUCUUAUGGGCUUCAGCGUCAAAGCUAACCAGAAGGAGAAAGAUGUUUACAACCAAGCUACGGUUGCUCUUGACAUUGCCAUGCUGAGGCUUGAGAAAGAGCUCUGUGAUGUUCUGUGUCAGCACAAACAGAAUGUAAAUCUUGAAACUUUGGCUGUUAGUUCCCGUGGGAAGGAGGUUGUGUACAACGACGAGUCUUUCGUCUCUCUAGAUGAUGAAGUUGUUGUUGUUGCUGAAGCUUCUUCACACGAAGAUGACGCGGAUUUGGUUGAUCCUCUCGUUGUCCCUCACGUCAAAGCUAUUGCAAACGCAAUGUUUGCUUGCGGCUAUGGACAAGCGUUCUCUGGAGCUUUCAUCAGCGUUCGAAGAGAAGCUCUGGAGGAGUAUAUGUUCUUCACUCUCGAAAUGGAAAGACUCAGCUGCGUCGAUGUCCUUCAAAUGGAAUGGGAGGAUCUGAACGGCAAGAUGAGGAAAUGGACAAAGGUGUUGAAGAUCAUCACUCGGAUCUAUCUCCCAAGUGAGAAACAUCUCUGUGAACAGAUCUUGGGAGAGUUUGACUCAGUUUCCACUUCUUGCUUCGUUGACAUCUCAAAAGACACAGUCCUGUCUCUCCUCAACUUCGGUGAAGCUGUAGCGAUGAGACCUUCCCAGCCAGAGAUGCUUGAGCGCUUCUUAAGCAUGUAUGAAGCCACAGCAGAGAUUCUCUUGGAUGUUGACAACCUCUUCCCUGACGAAACAGGCUCGUUUCUAAGAGUGGCGUUCCACGAGCUGUCGAGGAAGCUAGCUGACUGUACAACCGCGACGUUCUUGAAGUUCAAAGACGCAAUAGCUUCGAAUGAGUCCACACGAGCUUUCCCUGGAGGCGGGAUUCAUCAUUUGACAAGGUAUGUAAUGAACUACUUGAAGCUUCUCCCGGAGUACAAAGAUGCUCUAAACUCACUUCUUGAGAACUUAGAAGUUGAGGACUCAAUCACUGAGAUAACCGGACAAGACAUCCUCCCUUCCACAUUCUCUCCAAUGGCGAGACAUCUCAGGUCAAUCGUUUCAACUCUGGAGUCAAGCCUCGACAGAAAAGCUCAGCUUUACGCUGACGUGUCACUCAAGUUCAUCUUCUUGAUGAACAACUUUCACUACAUGGUGCAGAAGGUGAAAGGAUCAGAGCUGAGACACUUCUUCGGAGACGAAUGGAUCAGAAAACACAUCGCAAGGUACCAACGGAAUGUCACGAACUACGAGAGGUCCACUUGGAGCUCUGUUCUCUCUUUGAUCAAAGACAGCAAUGACUCUGUAGAUAUCCUGAGACAAAGAUGCAGACUUUUCGGUCUUGCCUUCGAUGAUGUUUACAAGAACCAAACCCGUUGGUCGGUUCCUGAUCCUGAGCUUCGUGAUGAUCUUCACAUAUCGACCUCGGUCAAAGUUGUUCAGUCUUACAGAGGGUUUCUUGGAAGAAAUGCGGUUCGUAUAGGCGAGAAACAUAUCAGGUACACUUGUGAGGAUAUUGAGAAUUUGCUUCUUGAUCUCUUUGAGUGUUUGCCAUCUCCGAGAUCAUUGCUCAGCUCUCGUAGGAGAUGA